AGUCACCAAAACGAUGACCGAUCAGAUUCCCGAUCGCAAUCUCUUUCCUUAACCAUUCUUAGACGACCUCUUAAUCAGUCUGUUACCAGGCUUUAUAUUAUAAUAUUCCUUUCUCAGAACUCUCUGUUAUAAGCCUUUGGCUGAAGGCUGAUCUUAUUCAGUUUCUGCACUGACAACACAACAACCAGAACAAGAACAAAUAGCCAUAGCCAAUGUAUCCUGUAAAGAAAUCAUCUUCAUCUUCAUCUUCAACCUCUGUUCUUUGUAUACUUGAACAAAUAAAACUGUUCGAUUCUUUACCCGAAACUCUCCUGCGCAAGAGUCACAAAACAAAGCUGUUAUUCAUCUUUGUAUCUCUCCUUUUAUACAGUUUCUUCCUUUCUUACUCCGUCUCUAUCAUUGUUAUCCUAUCACCCACCUUCGCCUUCCUGCCCGCAACCUUGAAAAUCUCAGCGCCGUUAUCGCACAACUCCUCCCCCGCCAACUUAUCCAAUCACGUGCUGCGGGAACAAGUGAAUCAGGUCUUGCAAUCGUCUAGUCUGAGACACCGUCCCUCGGUGUCGUCCGUUCAAGAUUCUGAUAAAUUCAAGUCCAUUUCGGUUCUUUUUCCGGAUUGGGAGGUUUUCGUUAUCGUCUUGCCGGAGACAUCGUCGGAUUCUGUCGACGGGCUUUAUUGUUUUUUUUCGACCAGAGAAAAUUCCAAGGCAAGAUUUUCGGGGGUUUUGCCGUUAACGAAUCUGACGACGUUUAAAUGUAAUAUGCCGAGAAGAUUUCGCCGUCGGCGGCCGUUUUUUCAACCGGUUUUGACGAAAUAUCCAGAGAAAGAAGAAGAGUCUCUCAUUAGAGAAGCUUCAACCAAGGAGCUCAUUAGAACCAACUUCUACGUGUACGAGGCGCUGUCCACCGAGAACGACGUCGUUUUGUUUGCUAAAGGCGUGAACCGUCGUCGAGGAUUCAACAGGCCUCCUCAUGAGUUAAAGUGCGUAUUCGGCGACGCUGACGACGCUAACACCGCUGUUAAAACUCCCGUCACCACCUCCUCACAAGAGGUCUUCAGGUGCGCUCAACCGGAGUUAAGGGCGUUUACUUCUUCAAACAACAAGCCAAUCAAAGUCUCCAUAGAAAUAAUGAACGACAAAAAUCCGAUCGUCGUCCCUUCCGUGGCGUACUACAAUCCCCGCCGCAAGAUAGCGAAACCCCCAGAGAGGUCUUUAUUGUGCGCAUCGACUAUGGUGCAUAACGUGGGCAAGUACUUGAAAGAAUGGGUGAUGUACCACUCAAGAAUCGGCGUUGAAAAUUUCAUAUUAUACGACAACGAAAGCGACGACAAUCUGAAAAGUGUCGUCCGGGAACUUCAUGAACAAGGCUACAACGUGGCAACAGUACAAUGGCCAUGGCCGAAGACCCAGGAAGCUGGCUUCUCUCACAAUGCAAUAUACGCCAAAGAUUCAUGCAAAUGGAUGAUGUACUUCGACGUUGACGAAUUCCUUUUUUCUCCGUCAUGGGACAAAGAGUCAGAGCCGUCAGAUCGUCUGUUGAAAUCUCUGUUACCAGGGACGCCAUCGAUGGGCCAACUCUCGUUCAGGUGCAACGAUUUCGGUCCGUCGGGUCGGACUUCACACCCGGUGGAAGGAGUAACACAAGGGUAUGAUUGUUACAGGAGAGCUAAACAGCAAAGGCACAAGUCUAUUGUGCUGUUGGAAGCCAUUGACGAUUCAUUGUAUAAUGUGAUUCACCAUUUUGGGUUGAAGAAGACGUUUAAAUGGGGGGAAGUGGAUACGGGAAUUGCAGUGGUGAACCAUUACAAAUACCAAGCAUGGUCAGAGUUUAAGAGCAAGUUUCGAAGAAGGGUUUCGGCGUAUGUUGCGGAUUGGAAAGAGACAGUGAAUCUGAGUUCGAAGGACCGGACACCGGGAUUAGGGGUGCAGCCGGUUGAGCCAAGAGGGUGGAGCGAGAUGUUCUGUGACGUGAGAGAUGAUCGGUUGAAGCUGUUGAACCAAAGAUGGUUUGGGAGACAAACAGAACAAUGGUUGAAAAUGGCUUGGGAAAGAUAGCCGAACAAAGUGUGUAGAGUUGGAGUGGGUCCGAGAGUCUGAGACUGACUAGUCCACACAGACGCAGGGCAGAGGAAGAGUUAUAACAAUGUAGUGUGCUAGGGGGUUUACCUUAAAUAUUUUAAUUUUUGUGGAUUUUUUUCUGCCUUAAU